AGAAGAAAAUGUAUCGUAUUUUUGUUAAAGGCAUUCACUGAGAAGAGAAUUCUGGAGAUCCAGAAAUCAGUGAUAACCGGGGAUUUGUACAGACUUAAUUAGUGAUUGCAAAACAGUUUUACGUGAAGGUAAAAGGCAUUAAAAAUUGCAUGAAAGCAUGAACUCUAUCCAAAAAGAUCAACCUGAUCCCGAUGCUAUCAAAAUGUUUGUAGGACAGAUUCCACGUAACUGGGAUGAAAAUGAUCUGAGAAAACUUUUUGAUGAAUUUGGACCUGUCCAUCAAAUAAAUGUUUUAAGAGAUAAAAUAACUGGGCAAAGCAGAGGUUGUUGUUUCGUCACUUUUUAUUGUCGUAAAUCAGCUGUCGAAGCACAGAGUGCAUUACAUAACAUAAAAACUCUUCCAGGGAUGCAUCAUCCAAUACAGAUGAAACCAGCAGAUAGUGAAAAUAGAAAUGAAAGAAAAUUAUUCAUCGGCAUGCUAUCAAAAAAAUGUACCGAAAAUGAAGUUCGAGUUAUGUUUUCUUCUUUUGGGCAAAUUGAAGAAUGUACAGUUUUAAGAGAUAUCAAUGGACAAAGCAGAGGGUGUGCUUUCAUAACUUAUGCAUCCCGACAGUGUGCUAUUAAUGCCAUAAAAUCUAUGAAUCAUUCACAGACCAUGGAUGGUUGUAGUAGUCCUCUUGUCGUGAAAUUUGCAGAUACACAAAAGGAUAAAGACUUAAAGCGACAGCAACAAAUGAUGACGAACAUAUGGAAUAUGACUAGUUUUAGCAACAUAGGUCUUGGUUCUCAGUAUAUUGCUGCACAAGCACAAACAGGUGGUUAUGGAAAUUUCACUAGUCUACCUCAACUUGGAGGAAUGAAUUCUCUAAAUAUGCAACAGCUUGCAGCUCUUGCAGCAGCCCAGUCACCUAAUAGUACGAAUACAGGGCUGAAUGCUUUAGGCCUACAAGGAAUUGGUGGGCAAGGUGGAAUUACGUUAAACUCAGGAAACCAUACUCCAGAUGUGAAUGCUGCCAAUAUACAGAGCUUGGCUGCUUUGGCAAGUUUAACUACGAACAACCCGGUGGGCAUCAACUCUAUGAUGAUGCAAAAUUUAACAGCACUGGCAGCAGCUAGUAGUAGUAGUGGUUCAGCAGGUAUUCAUGGGCUUGCGGCUGCAGGAAAUAUGUCUGGUAGUACAUCCAGUGCCAGUUCCCCAAUGAGUGGAGUGGGUUCUGUUAGUCCCGUUACUAGCAUGGCUUUGGGUCUAAACAACACAUCUAUUUCAAACAUGGGAACUUUUACUGGAGUUAAUGGGAUUGGGAACAUGACAAAUUUAGCAGCAAAUGGAUCAAAUCUUGAUGCUCUCACGCAAGCUUAUACUGGUAUUCAAGGAAUUCAGCCAUUUGCAGGUACAUUCCCACCUGUUGGUAUUCAGCAGCCUCAGAGUUCCCCUGGGAAACAACUGGAAGGUAUGUUACCGUGGCCUGAAGGAGCUAACCUCUUCAUAUACCAUUUGCCUCAAGAGUUUACUGACUCAGAUUUAGCGCAAACUUUCGCACCUUUUGGAAAUGUCAUUUCUGCAAAAGUGUUCAUUGAUAAACAGACAAACCUCAGCAAGUGUUUCGGUUUUGUCAGCUAUGAUAACCCAAACAAUGCCCAGGCUGCCAUCCAGUCUAUGAAUGGUUUCCAGAUCGGCAUGAAACGGUUAAAGGUACAACUGAAACGUUCAAAAGAUGCUAGCAAGCCAUACUGAAUACUGUGAAUCGAGCUUGCACGCAGUUUUCCUAUUAAGAAAGUGUGUGUAUAUUGGAAGAAUUUUAUCCUGUCAUUAUUUUUGUUUAAUGCUGUGUUAUAAAGUAUAUAUUUCUGUUUUUAAAAGAAAGUAUAUAUAAAUAGUGUCCUGAAGCAUCCAUGAAAUGGCAUCUGCUGAAAAUAGGUUCAGCAUUUUUAUUAAAAAAAAGAGUCACUGCAUUGCCGUCUUCCUUGCUGCAAACUGUCGUGAUACCAUAACAUUUCAUUAUAAAUUCUGAUUGGCAGUCAUGUAUAUGGGAACCAUUUUAUCUCACAGUAAAUGGCAUUCAAAUUAUGGAAAGUUAUUUAAUAAUUUAAUUAGUAGUCUUUUUUACCAUAAAUGUAUGUGGUAAAGUAAUUGUAAUUAAAAUAUAUGCUUGACUACUUAUUAGCACAGUUUAAAUUCUAAUAAGUAAUAUGUAACAAGUAAUUCCUUAAUAGGAAGACCAAAUUGAGGGAGGGACUGUAUCAGUAGUUCAUCAUAAAAUAUGCUAAGCUUUAAAUUCUGUAUCUUUCAACUCAAAUGAAGUUCUUUCAUUUUUAUGUGUAUUUGUAUGUAAAUAUAACGAAAAAAUUCAAAAUAGUUUUUAGUAGAGAUAAUGAAUGGAUAUUGAAUUUAAAGAACUGCUUUUUGAUGAACUGAUAUUUUGAUGUUUUCUCACUGUAUAUAUAAAUUAUAAACUAAUAUAUGUUUUUAUUAGAUUUAAAUGGAAUUAUAGCACGUAUCCCCAAAAUGUUGAAUGUCAUAUGCAUGUCAUAGAUAACAGCCUACAAAAUUAUUGACCUCAGCAGUGAUCUAAAUUUUUCUGAAGUCAUUUUCUGUUUUUUUAUAAGAAUUUCAAGCUGAUUGUAUUUAUGUACUUUCCUACCGUAGUUAGAAUGACAGUGUAAAAUGUUUUUGUUUUUAUAAUGGUUGUGAAACAGGCUCUUUGUGGUACAGGAUAUUUGAAACGUGUGUAGUUUUGAUAGAGGAAAAGCUCUUAGGAAAUUGACAAAGUGCCUCGCCUCUUUUUGCAGGUUGCUUCCUUAAAGAAUGGCAUUUAUGUGUGGAGCCUGAUUUGUGUUGUUCUCCCCACACCUGUUAUUUCUAUCCCACUUUCUUAAGGCUUGAAGUCAGCCUACCAGCCUUUCAUCCAAAUCAUGGAUGCUUCAAGGACUAAUUAUCGGUUCACUUAUACCUUUUGUUUCAUAGUUGUGUAAAUUUUGUGAGUAAAUAAGUUAGUUCAUGUAUGUUGUAUGGUAUGUUUGGUUGCUUUGUUAAUUUUGUGUGCAGUAUUAUUUUAUCUUUAAUGUAGUCUCAUUGGUACUGUUAAUUUUAGGUGCACCAAAGUUAGGUGCGUCUUGUGAAAAGCAUUUUCCCGGGAGUUAUUGGUACAUAUAAGAGAUUUAGUUUUAGCAUGCAUAUAUCACUUUUAUUUUACUUGAGAAACAAUUUGUAUUCAUACUCUCGUCCAGUUGUACAGUUUCUAAAUCGUGCAAAGUAUAUUAAAAUAUAGGAUGGACUGCUCACUGCUAAAUCCGACCAAGAUGCGAUCUCUCGGUAUCAGAUGCAAUUUUAUCCUGUCUGAGGAAACUGUUGUGAACUGUCUUUCCUUUUCUGUGUAGAGUUAUAUCAUUUUUCAAAAAUGGUUUAUAGAUAACUAUUAUUGUAACCCAGUAUUAUGAGACUGCUCCGCAUGGGGUUGAUGUUUUAAGAAUUUGUGGACUCAUUCUAGUCCAAAUUUGUCAUCUGAUCGUGUUUCUUUGAGAGGAACCAAAGAAAAUUUGUAAAGCAUGUAUUUACUAAUACGUCUGCCUUAAUCUGUUUGGCACUAAAAAUUUUUGUGUACCAAACUUAUAUGUCAAUUUAUUGAUGUGCAAAAUAGUGGUUAAAUGAAAAUUGUCUACAUGUAGUACUGUGGCUAAAUGUCUUGUCAUACAGCACAUAUUUUGCAUGGAAACCACCCAUGCUCAGCUCACUGUCAACUGUCCUAUCUGGUGUAUGUCUGCUGCUUUGUGCACGAUCUGUGUGUAAGUAAUUGUCUGUCUUGUGACUUGCAUCAGAGCUCAUAUUUUACAUCACUCUGUGAUUCGUGAUAACUGCUGCCCAACUACUGAGAUAUGGGUGCCAAACAUGUUUCAAAGAUAAUUGAAAAUCAUUGUAAUUCUUAGCAAAAAAGAAAAAUGUUAAAAAACAAAACUGUUUCAUAAAUUUGUGUUUCAUUAGUUUUUCGUGCAUUGUAGCUAUAGGUUAAGUUAUUAUAUUGAAUUUGUUUAUAAAGCAUUUAAAAUCUUUGUUUGCUGUUUGUUGUUAUGAAAUUUUAACUGUUAUGUCAUAAUAGUGUAAAAAAUGAAAAAAAACGGGUUAGCAGUACUGGACUUACUAAUAUGCUGUUGUGUAGCGUUGCUGUCCACUGUGUUUCUGUGACUUGUGGUCACAUCCAGUGCAAGUACUUUUUGUACACAUCUUCUAUAGUAUACUUUUAAAAUUACAAUCAAAUUGAUGAAUUUUUACUUAAUAGUUUGCUGUUCAGUCUUUUACUUGAUGAUAAUUUGUUGUUGAUUUUAAAAGAUAUAUAUAUUUUGGUCAUUUAAUAGCUCUGUGAUAGUGAGGUGAAGUACUUACUCUUAAAUCUGGGUUUAGAUUUUUUUAGUAAGUCAGUUUUUUGUCAAAUACAUGAUAAUGGUUUUUCAUGCAUUUGAGCAGUCUUGCAACUUUUGUCUGGGUUGUAAAAAAAAUUUAAAGAGUGUAUUUUAUUUUAUAUUAUUAUUUUGAGUAGCGGUGUGAUUGCAGUUGCUCGGAGGGAGUCAUUCGAGCUGCAAAGUAAUGCUAUCCACUUCUGGCUUGAGAACAUAUCGUCAUAAAUAUCCAAAUUACUGCAGCUAUACCUAUUAAUAUAGGAAAAUUUAUAACAUUUUGUUAACUAAAAUUUUUUAUAAUCUUUUGUUAAACAAAGACUUACAAAUUAUGCUAUGGAGUUUGGGAAAUUUUCAUUAAUAAAACAAAUAAGUAGUUUCUGCUCUU